ACCUUGCCUGACGCACAAAAUUGGCGUCAUCAGCUCCAGCUUACAAACAAAAUGGCGCCUGUCAGGCAACAGUAAAAGCAAGCAUCAGCCUAGAUUUCGUUUUAAAUAACUACGUUUCGCUUCAGAGUUUUACAUUAUUAGCAAAAAAAAAAUGAAGUCGGAUGUUGAGGAGUUAAUGCCAAGGCUGCUUCCGGUGGAGUUAGGACAAAACACGGAGGAUGUGGACCUCAGCGGUCCACCGAGGAAUCCCCAGGAGUACCUGCGACAGGUCCAGUUGGAAGCGUCCAUGUGUCCAGAGGUGGUGGUUGCUCAAAUCGACCCUAAGAAAAUAAAGAAGAAACAAACGGUUCACGUGUCUGUGGCUGGAUGCCAUGCUCCCCCUGUAGGUUUCUCCCCCAGCCUUCACUGGCAACAACAACAAGUCAGUAACUUUUCUGAUGUGAGACAGACCAUCACCAAGAAUAGGAAACACUGGAGCAGCCAGACUCUGGAUGACAAUGUACAGAUGCCAAAGCUUACAGAUGAGGAGGGCUGGAAGAAGUUCUGUUUAGGAGAGAGGAUCUACCUCGGUGCAUCAGCCUGCUCAACAGAUGCAGAACUGGACUAUAGCAAGGUUGGGUUUCCUCCAUUCUUAACAAUCGUAAGCAGACUAAACCAGUCAACAGUUCUGAUGGUGCUGGAUGUCCUCAUCAGCUGGUUUGAAGAGCAUGAAUUUGUCUCUCAGUUGGGUUGCUGGUUGUAUGCUCUGUUUGCCUGCUUGGAGAAGCCUUUGCUCCCUGAAGCUCACUCCUCCAUCCGGCAGCUGGCGAGAAGAUGUGCACAGCUCCGCAGCACUCUGGAAAGCCAGGACGACGAUAAACUCCCUCCCCUAAACCUCCUCAUCUGUCUCGUUGCCAGGUACUUUGAGCAAAAUGAUCUGGCAGACCAGGAGUGACGCUGAAGGAUUUAGCUGCUUUUUAAAGAAGUGGAUCUAACAAUUUUCCAAAAAAGGCAGGAGAUGGACUCAAGAUUUGUAAAGGAACAGUUGCUUAACAUUUUUAUUCCAAGCACCAGGAGUAUUUUUGGAAAGGACAAGUUGCAUUUUUUAUUUGACUUUCAGAAUAAAUGUUUGUGUAGAAGAUGUUACGUUUGGAUGUUCAUUAAAGUAAAAAAAAAAAA